AUGCUUAUAAAUAACUUAAGGAUAAAACUAUAACCACAGUUACCGUUAGGGUAUUUCUGAAAAGAUCAUGUUGCAUAGUAUAUAUAACUAAAUGUGAUUACUUACGGAUCUGACGAAAAGCUUGUUUAAAUAAAAAAGAUGGAAGCGUGCGAAAAACUCUGGUAUUCUAGAGUUAAAUUACGGACUGUAUUUGUACUGGUGUUACAUAUCGGAGCGUGUGUACACACUUUCCAUACAUACAUUGAUGAGUGUAUUACAAACAACCCGUGUAUGAAUUCCGGCCACUGUAUCAACGUACGAGGGGGGUACCAGUGUCUGUGUCCCCCACAAUGGACCGGCAAGACAUGCAGCGACGAUGUGAACGAGUGUGACCAGACAUCACCAGUAUGUCAGAAUGGAGGCACCUGUCACAACUCGUAUGGUUCCUACAUCUGCACGUGCCCCUUCGAGUGGACUGGGCUGCAGUGUGCUGAAGUUGAAAGCCCAUGCGAAAAACCAACAAUACUCGGUAAGGGUUCGGGAAAUUACGCCGCAGAUAUAUAUUUCUCCGGAAGAGUGAAUCCAUCUCAGCCGACUGACUGCUUCAUGAAUCUGGUGACGGAUCGUGGUUUUGUCAUCGCCUACAAAUUCGAGAAUCUAAACUUAAACAACCUCUGUGCGGGAGAAGGCGAACAUUGUGAGUGCAAGAAUUCAGUAACUGUGAGUAAUGAUCACAAUGGCGUUACAAUAACAAAAGAGUUGUGUUCAGCAGAAAAUGCCAAAACGAUUGAUUUCUCAAACUCAAAAUCUAUAGGUAACAACUUAGCAUUUCGUGUGAAAAUGUCACCCAACGCGUCGAUUAGUUUUAACAUCAGCGUGUUCACGUCACAGUACGUGCAAAAUAAAGGUUGUGCCAACGACGAAGCGUUGUGUUCAAAUAUGUGCGUGCACCGAACCCUAGCGUGUGGGCCAGAUAAGGACAAGUAUUGUAAGAGCCCUGAUGACGUAUGCUCGACCAUCAAAUCCUCCGAGCCGAACGGUGUCCUCAUUAGCGCCUUAGUCGGCGGUCUGAUUGCUUUUAUGGUCGUCACAAUAAUACUCACUGAUUGUCUGUGCUCAGAGAACAGCAUUCUCCGAAGGAAGUGCUGCAAGCUACAACCUCGAGCGAAUUCCAGUCGGGCCAAUGCAAUAUUCACGGUCCAAUUGGCGAAUCGCGGCGUCGCCUCCAGAAGUGGAGGAAACGAUAAUCGGGCCUUUGACGAAUACGGCGAUCCUAUAGACAGGGCCACUUACCAGCCACCACCUGAAUACCGUUCUCUAGAGCACAUAGACAGAGCUGGUCGGUUGCCCGAUCCCAAAGACGGCGGCGACUUGCCCCCGAGCUAUGAGGACGCUGUCAAAAAUAGACAGCAGUAUAAGAUCACUGGUCGUGUUUAAAUUAAGCGAAUAGAAGAUUUUAAAGCAGACAGCGUAGCGUUUGACCAGGCUCGCGACUACACAGGCUGGUCUGGAGUUAAGCUGGUCGCAGAUGACAUACGACCCAUGUUCGCAAGACGCGACACAUAUGAUAAUUGAGUAAUUUAUUUUGAUAAACGAUUUUAAGUUAUUAAGCAUCUCAUUUUAUUGAAUCUUUUUGUUUGUGAGUGAUUUUUGUUUGCCGUCUUAAACAGCUCACAUCUUGAUUAUAACGUUGUGUUAUAUAAAAACUAUUGUGCGAUUUAUUUAUUAGUUCAAUUCAAUUCAAUCAGUGUACUUGUCAUAUGCGUGUAAAUGUCAUUAAUGGCAUUGCUUUCUUCAACGUUAUUGCAAAUUCACGCAUAAAAGAAGUAUUUAAUCCGGUAUUGAAAAUUAUAGCAUAAUAAAAAUGUCCAAGAUA